UGUCAAAGGUUUAAGUUCAAUGCGUUCGAUUCUGUGCACUUUCAAUGAUAGUAGAGCAACAUUUCUUUCGGUGUGACAGAGUUUUCUGCACUUUAAUUUUCGAUUUUCUCACCAAGAGAGCGUACAAGUAGCCGAAAUGGACAUGGAAGAUGUGAGGGGGCCGCGUAAACUGCGGAAACGAUCACGAAGUGAGAGUUCCGAUGAUUCGACCUCCUCAAGUUCGGAAAGAUCUAAGCCAGAGAAAACAACGAAUGGAUUUUGCAAUAGUAAGUCGAGCAAGUUGGCCGACGAUCCAGCAGUUUAUGGGCGAAGAAUACCAUAUUUCGGCGAGAAUUCCAUCAAUGAUAUAUUAAAGGUUGUAUCUCUUCAGUCUUUCUCCAAUCCUCGGCUGUCGUUGUUGAACGAUGGUGAAAGGGAAGUGCAAAAGUUGUCGAGCAGAGCAGAGUCGGACUGCCAGUCUGAUUCGUCAAGUGAAGAUUUAUCCCGUAAAGAGAGAUCAAAUUCGUUCAGCGAAGAUACAGGAGCUUCAGGUGAACAUUCGAAUAAUGGGUUACCUUCGAAUAAAUCCCGCGGCAGACGAAACGAUUUCAAGAAUGGUAGCGCGAUUUCAGAGGCAAUUGGGAAAGAUCAAAGAUAUUGGGAGAAACGGCAGCGAAAUAACGCUUCUGCGAAGCGUUCACGAGAUGCACGGCGCGUGCGAGAACUCGAGACUCAAAUCAGAGCCGAAUACCUCGAAGAUGAAAACUAUCGUCUGAAAGUUGAAAAUGAAGUUUUACGAGAGGAGAACACGCGAUUACUUAAAACCAUCGAGAGGCUAAAACAUCACAGCUCCAGCAAAGACUGAAUUGAAUGAUCUAGCCUGUGAAAUACUGUAUUUUAUUUUGCGUGAAUAACUUCGAGGGACAGACUCCAUGAAUUGAUUUCAACAGGUUUAAAGUGUAUCCUUUCAUUUCAUCAAUGUAGAGAUUUAAUACCCCCUGAGUACAUUGAGGUCUUCCAUUAUCCAUAUGUUCAGGUUUGUAAAGGAGUGACGCAACCCACCCGUGUCUUCUUUCCCGCCGUAGUGAAUGUAUAAUUGCCAUCGCAGUGAUAAACGGCAAAUUCUUGAUCGAAUAUUCAUGCCCGCGAAAUUGUGAUCUCGAUUUAGUAGCGUCAAAAUGUGGCAUGUCGCACUCGUUUAGUCUCAAUUUUUGAGAUACUUUUAGGUGUCGUGGGUUUUCGUGACAAAGGAUCUGGAGUGGAGCAAAUUUCGUUCAUUCGGAUACAAACAAAGACCAGUACGUCGCGUGAUAAACAAGAUUGUGUAUUUCAAAUCUGUGUCGAGAAAACUGCGAAGCAAAGAUUGGUAUAAGCUUCUAGAAGCUUCCAUUUGAGACAAAGAUAUUCUUUCGACAUAGUAGCAGUUAAAGUAAGUUCUAACUCAGACGACUAUCACGUGCCUAAGAAGGCUUUGAGCUGAAGGAGCAAGUGUUAAAGUGUUUACGCACGAGAUCGGCAGUUGGAGCAACUCGUCUAGACUUGCAUUUUGUCGAAGGAAGGUUUGAAAAGCACGUUCCUUUUUAAAGAACUGUGAUGUUUUGCUGAAUGACUUCGGAAAGGUAUUGAAUAAAGAACGUUUUCUGUCGAUUGAAAUAUCUGGCACGUGAAAUCUGAGCUUAAAGAUGAUGCGGAAAUUAUGUUAUUUCGGGUUGAGUUAUGAAUGUAUAUUUGUUUCUUGUAAUAUCGUUACUUUCACUUACUAGGGUAUUGAGAUCAUCAGCAAGGACAGCAAGCUAAUGACUAUGCGAAGACUUUACCCUGAAAUUUUGUAGAGCUGUAGCAUUAAAGACCUGUAAAUUUUGAGAAAAUGUGAGCGAAAGAGACCUCACAGUUGCCCUCGUGUAGACAGAAAUAUGAAAAAAAAACCUGUUGUGGCUGUAUUUGCCCUUUGUAUAUGUUGAUGUGGUUUAGUAAUAAGAUUGAAACUUUGAACAUAGUAAAACAAAUAUUCAAGUGAAACUCUUGAUGUUAAAAUUUAUAAAUAUAGUGUGCUGCUAACUGUUGAAUACCAUUUAACUUCAUCUGGUAAUCAAAUAAAUGUUUCUGUAGUCAAUCAAGCCAUAACAGGCUUAUUGGACCUGGCAUUUACAGAUUUUUUUCCCAUGGUGACAGCCAUGCAAAGUAGUUUUUGUCAAAGAAGGACAAACUGAAAAACAGUAGCUGCAUUUACAUAGUAUAUGCUUUUUGUAGUAGAUACGAAAGAUAUGAUCAAAUCCUCAACUGUUACAUUUGCUUCUGGUAUAAUAGAAUAUCAGGUUGAGUCUGAAAGAUUCUUUCCUGGUGAAAGGAACUGACUUCACUGCCUCUAACCUUACAGCGUUAGGGGGACAAUAAAGAAUUGAAAUUUCAAAGACAUACAGGCAACUUAGAUUCUUAAGUUAACAUGUAAUUUUUAGAAGGGAUCUGCUACCUUGUUCACUAAAAUGUAAAGUCAACAAAACCCAACAUAGCAUAUGCUGUAGUAUUCCAAGUAAAAUGGCUAUGACUCUUUGUGAGUUUUAGUGCUGACUAACAACAGCAAUCUCUGAAUUUAAGGGCAUGGUUAGGCUAUGCCCUUUGUAAUUUUGUCUUUUUUAAACAACUUAAGUUGCUAAAAAUUGCAUAGAAUUCCUUUCAAAGUACCUAUGAACACUUAAAAACAACCUAUAUGUAACCAUUUGAUUUUAUAUUUCAUUUGAAUAUUGUAACCAGAAACUAUCUAAUGUAAAAUUUAGGAAAGCUCCAAAAGCUAUUGUUCACAGAACUUGUUUUUCAAAAGAAUACUGAAAAAAUGUUGAAAUAAAGACAGAUGACACUUAGAGUGUUUUCAAUUGUUUUCGAG